AUGGACUCCCCACAAUCUGUUGUUUCACCAUUCAAGAUUGGUGAAUCAGAGAAUGAGAACUCAACUUCUGUGCAAAGCUCUGGAAACCGAUCAAAUGGCAUCAAAUCCAAUGGAAAAGAUUCUAUCACUUGUGGCCGGCAAGACCUUGUUGGCACUCUUGAGGUUUAUGUGCAUCAGGCAAGGGAUAUCCAUAACAUUUGUAUAUAUCACAAGCAAGAUGUUUAUGCCAAGCUUUGCCUUACAAGCGACCCUGAAAAGAGUGUCUCGACCAAAAUCAUCAAUGGUGGUGGGAGGAAUCCGGUUUUUGAUGACAAUGUUAAGCUUGAUGUCAGGGUUUUUGACAGUUCCCUCAAAUGUGAGAUUUACAUGAUGAGCAGGGUGAAAAAUUAUCUCGAAGACCAGCUGCUUGGCUUUACUCUGGUUCCUAUGUCCGAACUGCUCUUCAAUAAUGGGAAACUCGAGAAAGAGUUCUCUCUUUCUUCCACUGAUCUGUACCAUUCGCCAGCUGGUUUUGUUCAGUUGUCUCUCUCCUACAAUGGAUCCUACCCUGAAGUGAUGGCUAUUCCCACUAUGCCUUCAUCUGUUUCUGUUGAUGAAACUACCAAGAAUCCCGAAGGGUCUGAAUCAGUUCCGGAUGAGUUUGAUAAGUUAGAGUUUCCAGAUCCUAAUGUCGCGAAUGAAAAUGAGAAAAUGGUAUCCGAGUACUUUGGUAUCUCCUGUUCCACUAUUGACUCAGAAACUUCUGACAGCUUGGUUACUUCUGAUACUGAGAAUCRUGUAAACAAUUCUGUCACUUCUAUACUGAAGCAUGAUUCACCUGAGAGCAGCAAUGCAACAAAUGGUGCUGCUUCUCCUCAUGCUUCAGCUCACUCGGCCACAGAAACACCAAACCAUGAACAUCUCUCUCUUGUGAACCCCAAAACGAAUUCCCAGGAGUCAGAGAGCGAGGCUUCAGGUGAGACAUCCGAGGAGAAGUUUGUGAAACCCAUCUUCACUGCAAAGGUUGAGCCAGAGUCGAAGGUGGUGCAGCAGGAUAUAGUCGACAUGUACAUGAAAAGCAUGCAACAGUUUACUGAUUCACUGGCUAAGAUGAAGCUUCCUCUGGAAAUUGAUAGCCCAACAAAAUCAGAGAAUUCAAGCUCUGAUUCUCAGAAGCUGCCAACUCCAAAGAGCAACAAUGGAUCCCGUGUGUUCUACGGGAGCAGGGCUUUCUUUUGA